AACAUUUUGAUUAACGUAUAGUACCCACUUUUAGCAAUGUAUACAAAAUACGUAAUUUCAUUGUAAUUCAUAUUAGUGAAUUUAAGAAACUAUAUACUAAGUAGGUACCUACAUUUGUCAGUUUCUACGAAACACUUUAUGAGUACCUACAGUUCUUAUCCCUAGUAUUCUUAUUUACACUUAUAGGAAAUUUAAUGAAGUGAUUUUUGGAAGAGCAAAAAUAUUAAGUUCAUGGAAAAAGAACAGAUCAAAAUUUAAAAUAGAAUUCGUUGGUAGAUAUACUUUGUAUUUUCAGACUUUUCAACUUUUGGUCAGUCACUAAUCUUCUGUCAUACAGAACGGUUAGAGUUUUAGUGUAUUUGGAUCUUUUAAAGAUUUUAAAAAUGUCAGCUAUUAACACAGAAUUGCUUAUUUUAGAAGUUAAAAAAUAUGAGUUAUUAUAUAAUCAAGAACACCCGCAGUACAAGGACUACAGACAAAAGGACCGGAUAUUCGACAAUGAGAUCAGUAAGGCAAUGGGAGGGGAAAAUGGAGCAAUUCUAUACAAACGGUGGCGCAAUUUAAGAGACAAUUAUCAAAAAUAUUUGCGAGCAAAUAAAACAAGAACUGGUCAAGGUGCAAAUGAGGUAAUCAAUAAAAGUUUGGCCAACUACAAAAAGUGGCAAUGGGCUACCCAAAUGGAAUUUUUAAAGCCGUAUUUACAAUUAGCUAGCACACUUUCUAAUAUUCCUGGACAAGAAGAAUCUGUUUCUAACGUCCUUACAACUCAACCGAGACCAGAGUUCAGUCAAGAAAUAGAAGAAGAGAAUAUCGGUACAGAAAAAUCAGUUGUUGCACAAGUACGAAAUACCUCAAAAAGAAAAAGAUGCACAAUUGAAGAAAACGUGGACACAGAUUUGGGUAUUCAAAAAGUAAUAAAUUAUUUCAGAGAAAAAAAUGAGAACAAACGUUCAAUGACCGCGGUUGAACAUACUUUUAUGGGAUGGGCGAAAACAGUAAGCACACUUUCCUCAAAAAGACAAGUGCUACUAAAAAUGAAAAUUGGACAGUUGAUAGCAGAUACAGAAUUUGAAGAACUUCAUGAGUUAGAGAAGAUAAAUACCACUAUUACAUAUAAAGAGUCAACUCGUACAAACGUAAGUAACCGUUCGAAUUAUAUGACACAGAAUGAAGCCAUCAAUACAGGUCCCAGUUAUAAUACGUCUAACUGUGAACAGCUAUACCCUUCUUGCAGUAAUAGUAACGUAUUGGAAACUCACGACAGGUCUCCCUCCCCAAAAUCACAGUUAUCGCAGUAUGAAGAGGAAGUCUACCAAGAAGAGCCUGUAGACUUCACCAAAGAAUUACCUUUUAAUGAAUAUUAGAUAAUAAUUCCUUAUUAAAAUUUAAAACAGUACACCUAAGUCAUAACUAAUAAUUAAUCAUGAUCAUUAAAAUACAAUCUUUAAAUCUUACGUGUACAGUUUAAGUAAAUUAUUUCAGAAAAUUAUCUUAAAUGUAAUUAUAUAACUUAAUAUUAUAAUGUAAGCUUACAUACCUACAUGUACUAUAAUUAUUAAUGAUGUUAUCGUAAAUAUCGAUUUAUUUUGGAACUUAUCUACAUUAAGAAUUAUAAUAUAGGUAUGUUAGA